GCAGGGGCCGCUAUCGCCAGACAGCAGUUUUUAUUAUAAGUACAACUGCGCUUUUCAUUUUCGGCCAGCAGGGGUCGCGUCCCCGCAGCGUUAACACUACAGCUCCCAGCGUGCAACGCGGGGCCGGAUAUUGGAAGUUCUGACAGGAUCUUCAGGCCGGGGCCCCUAGAGUUCCCCCAUAACCGAGUUACCAAUGGCGGGGGACUCGCUCCCCGACUGCCUGUCGCGCCUGGAAGCGGCGGUGCAGGACCCGGAGGGACUGAGUCGGGCUCUCUGCUGCCUCCGAAGCCGCCAUGUGUCCCGGGCAGGCGGGGCCGGGCAGUUCCGGGAGAGCGGGGGGCUCAGGCUGCUCAUGUUACUAUUUACCGAGCCGCAGAACGCAGCCGUAGUAGGAGCUUCCCGCCGCAAUCUCGAUUUAGCGCUCAGCCUGCUGGCCAAUUGCUGCCUGGAACCGGCCUGUCGGCUACAGGUGAGGGAACUUGGAGGAAUCCCAGUGCUGGUGUCUAUUCUCAAGUCGGUGUGUGUCGACUCCAUAUGGAACCGAGUAGCUCGCGCCCUGGGCAACCUGGCAUUGGAUGCGGAAAACAGUUCUAUAAUUCAUGAAUCAGGUGCUAUUUCCCCACUGAUAAACGUCCUGGAGAAUUCCAAGGAUUCAUUCUGCCUGCAGAGCUGCCUACGCGCCCUGCGCAUCUUGGGAGACUCCCCGGUGCACCGUCUGUCUAUCUGCGAGCAGGGCGGCCUUGCUCCCUGUGUGGCUUUGCUGUCAUCUCCAUGCCCGGCGCUGGCGGAAGCCGCGGUUCGCUCGGUGUGUGAGCUGAGCCGAGGCAGCUCUCUGGACUGUGCGGAGCGGCUCAGUUCAGCCGUGCCAGUGUUGGUAGCCUUGACAGGGAAGGAAGAUGCCAAACCCAAAAUGAGGCAGGCAGCCAUCACUACUCUGUGCAAUCUGUGUGGGCAGGGGGCAAUGAGGCCUAUGCUGGGCAGCGCCGGUGCGAUUCAGCUCCUCAUCACAGAAGCCCGUUCCCAAUGUAAAUCACCGUCUCGCUGCCUUAUCCUCGUGAGAGCCCUCUGUCUCUUCUGCCGGGAAGCUGUCAACCGAGUCCGCGUGAAAGAACAGGGUGGACUUGACCUUCUCAUGGACUUCUUGAGAGACUCUCAGUAUCGCGCCGCACAUUACCGAAUCACUGCCGCCUUCCUGCACUUCUGCCACGACACCGCUUCCCUCAUCUUGCUGAGCGCCAGAGGCCUGGCUCCUUUGCUGGCAGAAAGACUGGAUGAGCUGGCUCUGGCCACUGAAGAUAGGGGUGAGCUGCAGGAAUCGCACAGCGCCGGGGCCGAAGUAGAGGAUAUAUCGUCUGUUUCCUUUGAUUUCCCACCGGAGCCCAAGAGGAAGCGUCAGGGGUCAGAAGGCACAUCAGAGGACAGCUUAAGGUCUUGGCUACUUUCCGAGGGAUACAUCUGUAGCCUGGAUGAUCUUGCCCCCGAGUGGUGUUUGGACAGUGAGAACCGAUCGGACGAUUCAUCUGCACCCAGACCCUCAGACCUUGCUUUGCUUCCAACCACUUCUUCUUCCUGUACCGACGGGGACCAUUUUCUAUCGCCAAGGAUCAAACGGAUGAGGCUCAAUGGACCUUCCCGACGGGAGCCAAGAGCACCUUCCUCUCCUAAUACUUCCAAGGUGUUGUCCUCCCCUACAUCUUCUAACCCCUGCUCUUCUCCCAUGCAGGAGAUUCUGGGUUCUCCGUGGCCCCUUGGGCCCCGCACUCCUCCUCCUUCAGAUUUUUGGCGCCCCGAGUUCCCAGGUCUCUUGCUCCUGUCGUGUUUAUCUCAGCUCCCAGAAUCCAGUUCCUGCCUGGUGUCUCCCACAGUCCUUGGUGGCUUGCUGACCUAUGUGACCAGCCAUCCGCAUCCUUGCCCACGUGCCGCUCGUCUCCUCCAGCGUCUCACUUGUGAUCCAGCAUGUCUCGAAGCGCUCAUCCGGACGGGGGGCAUUUGUACCCUCAGAGCCAGGCUACUCCUCAGUGAGAUACCAGGAAGCCAAAAUGAGAGCAACAACCGGCAUCCUGAACUGGCAAAAGAACUGGGCCAUGUACUGCUGCGAAAUCUGGGCAUUCAGGCCGAGUCGCCCUUUGGGGUGGGUGCAGUGACCCACAUGCUGCUGUCGGGGCCACAGAGCGACAGGCUUCAGUGCGCGCUUACCUUGCCAUAUAUAUACAGGAAGGACUCGCCUCACCGCGAGCAGCUACUUGAUGUGGCCCUGCGACUGGUGUUGGAAGCCCUGUUGCACUGCACAGAUUCUGAAUUUCCAGCUAUUUUCUUCCACGCUUCCGAGUGUCUUUCCACUUUUCUGCCGGCGCAGACACUUCCGGCAACGUUGCCCGCCACUCUUGGCUCCUCCCAGCGCUGCUGUUACACAGAACUUGUGGCUCGAGGGGAGGGGGAUGUGGUCUUUGUGCUGGACGGAGGGGAGAAGAUAGAAGGGAGCAGAAAGGAGGUCACAGGGGGAUGUGAAGUGUUCAGGGCUAUGCUGGAAGGUGGAUACGCAGAAUCCCGUCAGCGAGAGGUGCGCGUACGUCAGAUCCCCUCUUGUGCUUUCAUUCCGCUUCUCCAUUAUCUCCAUGGCUGCACAGAGGAGACCCUUUGCCCUACCUUUCAAGGUUUGCAGCGACCUAGUUCCGGCAACGAUUUGUCCCAGUCCCCCCUGGGAUCUACACUGGCUGCAGCCGGACGCUUCCUCCUGCCCGGUUUAGGGGACAUUCUUGAAGACAUAGCACGGAAUUAUCUGCUUAGCUUGGACAGCCUUCCAUCCAUGUACUGCUUUGCAGAAAUGCACGAGAGUGCAAAUCUCAGAAGAGACUGUUGCCUCUAUUUGCUUAAGAGACCUCAUCCGCCUCGCCAGAGAGCACUCUGCCUCUUCCAGCUGUGCCAAAGAGUGCAAGACAAGAAAAGACUGUUUGAACUGCUUGAAGUCAUAGUGCAAGAUGGAAGUCGCACAAAGUAAACGGCACAAGAGAGCAAGCUGUGAGCUUCUCCUUCACCCUCAGUGUCCAAAGAGCUCAGGCAUUAAUGGGUACAGUCAGGCAGUGGCGCCUUACUAUGAGCGGCCAUGUCGGUGCCGCGCAGUGUGGCUGGAAGGAGAGCACGAGCACUGCUACCCUUGGGGGUGCCAACAUACCCCCUGCUCUAUGGUCAAGCCCACUCUAUAAAGUACAGCUCCUGCAUUGGCUGUAUAUUAAAUGCUUGCCAAGUAUCAAUUAUAUAAUAAUGCACAACCCCCAUAUGUAAUAGAAGGCAUUAAGUUUGCCCAUGAGCAGUAACCCAUAGCAACCAAAAAGGUGUUUGCUUU